AGAGACUGCCUGAGCACUGCUGGAGUCAGGAUUGGGGGAACGGGUGACUAAAAAAAGAGCCGGCACAGGGGGACAUUUCUAAAUUGUAGGCUGACCUCUUUACAGCAGUUUUUCUGUGUCUUGCUCUCGUUUCGUUCUGCUGGUUUCAGUCUCACUAACCUUGAGAGAGGCAGACGCGGGACAGUCAGUUGUGCUCAGUUGUUUGGUAGGACGUUUUCUUUUGAGCAGCAGCUGAGGGAUACGCCGCUUUUCAGGAGGACAGUUCAGCCGACGAUGCGGAGAGCCCGUCUAAAAUGAAGCGCUCCAAGGGCAUCCACGUCUUCAAGAAGCCCAGUUUCUCCAAGAAGAAAGAAAAGGACUUCAAGGUGAAGGAGAAGGGCCCUAAAGAGGAGAAGGCCAAAGACAAGAAGUCCAAAGACCUGACGGCUGCAGAUGUGGUCAAACAGUGGAAAGAGAAGAAAAAGAAGAAAAAGCCAAGCACUGAACCCGAACCCGUUAUCACAGAGGUGACAGUGACGUUCAGGCCGAUAUUCGGAGCUCCUUUAGUGGAAGCGGUGAGGAGGACAGCACUGUACGAUGGGAUACAACUGCCGGCCAUUUUCAGAGAGUGUGUGGACUACAUCGAGAGCUACGGCAUGAAAUGUGAAGGCAUCUAUCGAGUCUCCGGUAUGAAGUCUAAGGUGGAUGAGCUGAAAGCGGCGUAUGACCGUGAGGAGUGUCCAUGUCUGGAGGAGUAUGAUCCGCACACAGUGGCCAGCUUGUUGAAACAGUAUCUGCGAGAGUUACCUGAUAAUCUGCUGGGGAAGGAGCUGUCUCUGCGUUUCGAGGAGGCCUGCGGGAGACCCAGCGAGGCCGAGAAGCUGCAGGAGUUCCAGCGGCUCCUGACGGAGGUGCCGGCGGGCAGCAGACUCCUCCUGGCCUGGCUGAUCACACACAUGGACCACGUCAUCGCCCGCGAGGCCGACACAAAGAUGAACAUUCAGAACAUCUCUAUUGUGCUCAAUCCCACCAUACAGAUCAGUAAUCGUGUGCUGUACGUGUUUUUCACUCACGUCCGGGAGAUGUUUGGUGAUGUGUUUCUGAAGCCGGUCGUUCAUCCUCUUCGCUGGUCCAAUAUGGCCACCAUGCCCACCCUGCCGGAUACUCAGGAGAGCAUUAAAGAGGAGAUCCGCAGACAGGAGUUCCUCUUGAAUCGUCUGCACAGAGACCUGCAGGCCGGUGUGAAGGAUUUGUCCAAAGAGGAGAGACUCUGGGAGGUUCAGCGGAUUGUCACUGCGCUCAAGCGCAAACUUCGAGAGGCCAAGAGACAGGAGUGCGAGACUAAAAUUGCACAGGAAAUCGCAAGCCUGUCUAAAGAGGACGUGUCUAAGGAAGAGAUGACGGAGAAUGAGGAAGAGGUCACUAAUCUUCUUCUGGCUCAGGAGAAUGAGAUCCUAACAGAGCAGGAGGAGCUGAUUUCCCUGGAGCAGGUGCUGCGGAGACAGAUCGCCACUGAGAAGGAGGAAAUCGAGCGACUGCGCGCAGAGAUCGCUGAUAUACAGAGCCGUCAGCAGGGCCGCAGUGAAACAGAAGAGUAUUCAUCAGACAGCGAGAGCGAGAGUGAAGAUGAAGAAGAGCUGCAGAUGAUUCUGGAAGACCUGCAGAAACAGAACGAAGAGCUGGAGAAUAAAAACACUCAUCUGAAUCAGGCCAUCCACGAGGAGCAGGAGGCUAUUUUGGAACUGCGCGUUCAGCUCCGCCUCCUUCAGAGUCACAAGCUCCACCAGGAGCUCACGGCUCCACCCACAGCAGAACAAGCCCCGCCCUCCCAACCCAGCCCAGAGGAACGGUCUCGAGUGGACGAGCCCAUCAAACGCGCCCCAGCAGCAGUCGUCAUGGAAACCACUGCCGUCGCAGCCACAGCCGCUCCAUCCAAUGGGAAGCCUGGAAAAGAUGCCAUGAAGCCGUCGCCCAGCAAAGACAAGAGGGAAGCCAACAUGUAAACCAUUAACCAGAUCACUUCUGCUCAUGUUUGCGCUUCACAAAAACUGCAGGGUUCAAGGUGAGACACUCAUUACACUGGGAGAAACUGCGGGAAAUCUAGGUCAAUAAAUCUGAAACAUUUCUGAUUGGUUGUUAUCACAGUGGACUGAAAUUGGAUCUUUUUGGUCGUGUUUGAUUAGUGUGUGAAGUUGCAGCAGCACAAUCGGAUAUUUAAGUGUAUUAAGGACAGAUCGAUCUGCCCUUUGACCUCGGUUAAAACACUUUUUAUUAGUAAGUUAAGAGUAUUAGGGGUUUUUUGUUUCAAAAUCUCACGAUUGCUAGUGAAUCUCAGUGGUACAGGUCACAUUUUACUCCAAAAUCCAGUUUUUUGCAUGAGGAAAUUGAAGCCUAUUGUUUUGAACAUCACAUAUUAUGACAAUUAAUCAUUUUUUUCUGUAGUUGUCAUUACCUUAAUGGAAAUAGAUUUCCUGUUCAUUGGUGAAAUGUGAAGAAAUAUUAUUUGAAUUCCAUUAUUAUUGAAAUUUCCCAGAGAUGGGUUGCGGCUGGAAGGGCAUCCGCUGCGUAAAAACUUGCUGGAUAAGUUGGCGAUUCAUUCCGCUGUGGCAACCCCGGAUUAAUAAAGAGACUAAGCCGACAAGAAAAUUAAUGAAAAUUAUUGAAAUGAAAUAGGCUAUGCAUUAUUUAGAUUUAAAGUAUCACUAUAUCAUAGAAUUUAAAUGUAAGAAAUAACUUGAUUAUAAUAAUUCAUUUUUAAAUUAUUCUAACAUUUUGACAAAAUCUCCAUCCACAAAAAUUGUACCAAAAAUAGGCUUACAUUUUUAUAUAACGCGAAAAAAAAGAAUCAAUUCUGGAUUAAUAUGUGACCUGAAGACCGGUUUUC